GCAGGAUCCUGCAGGAUCCUGCAGGAUCCUUCGCAUUGACCCGGGUUUGGGUGCAGGAUCUUGCAGGAUUUUGCAGGCCUGAUUGACCCGGGUCUGGAUUGACCCGGGUCAGAAGAUCCCCGAUGGAUCCGGAGAUUUUGAAUCCGAUUGCGGUCCGAUGUUCCCGAUUCAGAGGGGAUAAAGAAGCCCCUGGAGGCCCAGGCCGCCAGGGAGCGCGACGAGUUGAAGAGCGAGCGGGACUCGUUGAAGGAGACCGCGGCCGCCCUCUACUGGUGGCGCCGGAGGAGCAAGAAGCCGGAAGGGAAGAGGCAUCGACUUCCACCAAGCAGGUGGAGGCCACCAAGAUAGGGGAGAAGGUCGAGAAGCUCCACUCGCAGCUGGUGCUGGAGUGCGUGCAGCUUCGCAGCGAGACUGCCAGCCUGAAGAAGAAGAAGUGGGUGCUGCGCACCGUGCUCGCCAAGGGCGGCGAGCGGGAGAGCGAGGCGAUAGGCGUGGAGAUCGAGCAGCUGCGGAGAGGCGGGCCGCGCCGCAGUCGCCGCCAGCGGCCCCGCCCCGCGGCGAUGCGUCGCGCGCCGCGCGUGCCUCACCGCGCGCAGGCCCUGCGACCUGAGCCCCGCCGGGCGCGCCUGCCCCACUAGGCCACGCGCUCGGCCAGCAGCUCGCGUUGGCCAGUUGGGCACCCUCCGGCUACCCUCCUCCUCC